CGAAGACACCCGGCCGUGCAGGCAUUGUGCCUACCAGGGAAUUGAAUGUGUCGACGCCCCUCGGAAAGGCCGGGGGCAUGGCCUACGAACAAGAGCGGCAUGUAAUAGUUGCCGGAGAGACAAAAUCAGGUGCGACGGUGGACGGCCAUGUUCAACAUGCGUCCGCAAGGGCCUCCAUUGCAUCGACCAACCAUGUACCGAAACCGGGUAUACCAUACGAGGCCCCGUCAACUUCCCUGCAAGCAGAUCAAUAUCAAGAUCCUUCCGCUAGCUAUCAAAAUAUCGACCCAUCCCUCCAGCUGCAUCACAGUGUAGGCGUAGCGGGGGUGCAGCACACUCCCGAGGUCCACGUUCCCCAUUACCCUGUGCAGACGAGCUACCAGCAGCAUAUCCCGAAUAUACCCCCGUUCCCCAUGCACCCGCAGUCUCAUCCGGGUAUGAUGCAGCACGCUGAAGCGUAUGCAAGUCUUCCUUCGACGUCGCAUUCCAUGAUGGACUUUCCUAUGCCACAGAAUCAAGGCGGCCACUACUCGAAUUUCUCGGUAAUGGAGUCAGACUAUGCCGCGCAGGACUUCCAGGGACGCAUGGUAUCCGCGGAGAGGUUUGGUUGA